CAGCCCCGAAACUGUUGGCUUACUUGACAUGGGUUUGGAGCCGUAACUGUAGAGCUGUAGCGCUAGAGAGCUGUGCACCCGCCAUGCCGGAGCUGACUUCCAAAGGCACGACCAUUUCCAAAAAAGGCUUCAAAAAAGCUGUAACCAAAACCCAGAAGAAGGAAGGCAAGAAACGCAAACGAUGCCGCAAGGAGAGCUAUUCCAUUUACAUCUACAAGGUGCUGAAGCAGGUGCACCCCGACACCGGCAUCUCGUCCAAGGCCAUGAGCAUCAUGAACUCCUUCGUCACUGACAUCUUCGAGCGCAUCGCGGGCGAGGCGUCGCGCCUGGCGCAUUACAACAAGCGCUCGACCAUCACGUCCCGGGAGAUCCAGACGGCCGUGCGUCUACUGCUGCCCGGGGAGCUGGCCAAGCACGCCGUGUCCGAGGGCACCAAGGCCGUCACCAAGUACACCAGCUCCAAGUAGACUCGCCAAGUAAGCGCUCUCUUACUCAACCCCAAAGGCUCUUUUCAGAGCCGCUAA